UUACAUCGCUAUAUUUUAAUAUAUGGCAAGUACGUUGUAUCCUGUUAUCAAAUGACAAACGCGCACAACAGAAUAAGAGCGGGGCAGGCACGCGUACGCACGCACGCACUCACAGCGUAUGCUUGCUUAACCAGACAUACUGUACACACACACUUUAAAUAGCAAACACACUUCUUCACUCUGUGGCACAAGGCAAAAAUGCAGAGAGAGCCGGAUUCACUCAGUCAUCAUCAUGCAAAAUGCCCUGAGGAUAGAUUCCUGACCAAGAGGACCGAAUGGCUCCAAGGACCCUUCAGACUCCUCAUUAUAAUCAUUUACUUUUCUUAUUUGAGACAUACUUUGGCACAUCCUCAGUGUCUGGACUACCAGCCACCUUUUAAACCCCCUUACCACCUUGAGUUUUGCAGGCACUAUGAGAAAUUUGGUUGUUGUGACCAAAAAGCAGACAACAGUAUUGCAAUGAGAUACUGGGAUAUAAUGGACCUGAUUGGUGAUGAGGCAUAUGCAGUGUGCGGUGAUUUGGUAAAAGAUAUUAUGUGUCAGGAAUGUUCUCCAUACGCCGCACACUUGUUUGAUGCUGAAGACCCGUACACUCCAGUGCGGCACUUACCAGGACUGUGCUUUGCUUACUGUUCAGAAUUUCACAGCAAGUGCCAUUCUGUGGUCAAGUAUCUAACCAACAGCCGGACCCUGCUGGAGACGUGCGAGAAGGACCGCUCGCAUUUCUGCAACCUCAUUAACCUCGCUGACCAGGACUACUGCUACCCCAACGUCCUGAGGAACAAUAACCUGUACAGCAAUCUGGGAAAGGUGGUGGAGGACACCAAAGGAUGUCUGCAGCUGUGCUUGACGGAAGUAGCCAAUGGGCUGAGGAACCCUGUGCUGAUGGUCCACAGUGGAGAUGAUAGCCACCGCAUGUUCGUGGCAGAGCAGAUUGGCUUCAUAUGGGUGUAUCUGAAAGACGGCAGCCGCUUAGAGCAGCCCUUCCUGGACAUUAGCGGGGAGGUGUUGACUACACAGUGGCUGGGAGAUGAAAGAGGUUUCCUAGGUCUCGCCUUCCAUCCGAAGUACAGAAACAAUGGGCGCUUUUUCAUCUACUACUCCAUUCUGAUCAACGGCAAGCUGGAGAAAAUUCGCAUCAGCGAGAUGAAGGUCUCGGCUCAUGACAUGAACGUGGCAGACCCCCACUCAGAGAGAGUUCUUCUUGAGAUUGAGGAGCCUGCAGCAAACCAUAAUGGUGGGCAGCUUCUGUUUGGUCUAGACGGAUAUCUGUACAUCUUUACAGGGGAUGGGGGAAAAGCAGGAGAUCCUUUUGGAAAGUUUGGAAAUUCCCAAAACAGAUCAGCAUUGUUAGGAAAAGUGCUUCGGAUUGAUGUGAAUGGUAGCAGUACAGAUGGGAAACCCUAUAAGAUUCCUCCAGACAAUCCCUUUCUCGGAGAGCCUGAUGCAAAGCCAGAGGUCUAUGCCUAUGGUGUGAGGAAUAUGUGGCGCUGCUCAGUGGAUCGAGGGGAUCCACUCACUGGUUACGGGAGAGGGAGAAUAUUCUGCGGUGAUGUGGGUCAAAAUCGAUAUGAGGAGGUUGACAUCAUUGUAAAGGGAGGAAACUAUGGAUGGAGAGCCAAAGAAGGCUUUGAAUGCUUUGACAUGAAAUUAUGCCAGAAUUCUUCUCUAGAUGACAUUCUGCCAAUAUUUGCCUAUGGACAUCAUGUUGGGAAAUCCGUAACUGGAGGUUACGUGUACAGAGGAUGCGAAUCACCCAACCUCAAUGGUCUUUAUAUUUUUGGAGACUUUAUGAAUGGACGAUUAAUGGCUCUGGAGGAGGAUAAGAAAUCUGGGAGUUGGAAGGAAAAGAAUGUGUGCAUGGGUGACACUAAAACCUGCUCUUUUCCUGGCCUUAUAAAUCAUCACCACAAGUUCAUCAUCUCAUUUGCAGAGGAUGAAGCGGAACUUUAUUUUUUGGCGACCUCCUACCCAAGUGCAAUGUCUCCCUUUGGCACAAUUUACAAAUUCAUGGAUCCAUCCAGGAGGGCACCUCCAGGAAAAUGCAAAUACAAGUCACUUCCUGUAAAGGUCAGAGGGAAGAAAGUGCCAUUCACACCUAGAGAAUUGACUGUGCUUGGCAUAAGUGAAACACCUACAAGGUCACCACUGGAAAAGAUUGUACUCCCCACUAAACCACCAGGCACACGUCAGCCCACAAGUGCCAAACCCACCACAUCUGCACCGAAGAAAAAAAUUCCGCCCAAAACCACUACAGCAAAGUUGAGCCAAGAAAAGUUAAAGAAGACGACUCAGGCAAAGGAGAAGCAAAUAAACACGAGCACAAAAACACUAAAGAAGGUUCCUCCUAACAAGAAGUCAUUGUUACAAACCAAGAAGGAUAAACAAGCCACAGGAAAGCCAUCUCACAAUCCCAAACUGCCCAAAAAAGGAGCUCCGGAAAAACGAAAACCACCAACAAAACCAAAAGAUGUGAAAAAGCCCAAGGUCUGGCUACAAAAGACUGAAAAGAAAAAAGAGGUGAAAAAACCUGUGAAGAACAAACCUAAGGAUGUGCACAAUGUUGCCCUUUGUGCUUCCCUGGUGUACCUGUGUGAAGAGGACCCACAGUUCUUCAAGACUUGA